UAAUUGUCAUUGAAAAUUGAAUACAAAUAUUCAGUUGAACUUUAUUGAGUUUAGUAUUAUUAUAGGGAAAUAAGAAUUUUCGAGUACCAUCACCUUCGAUUUUUGAUUACUGUAAUUUAAUUAAUAAUUUAUAAAAAUAUGGAUGAGUUUGAUACAAGUCGUAUAAUAGUAUUAGUUGAUAUGGAUUGUUUUUAUUGUCAAGUAGAAGUUCAACAUAAUCAAGAAUUGAUUGGAAAGCCUGUUGCGGUUGUGCAAUAUAAUAGUUGGAAAGGAGGCGGUAUUAUAGCUGUUAAUUAUGAAGCACGAGCGAAAGGUGUUGGACGUCAUAUGAGAGGAAAUGAUGCUUUAAAGACUUGUCCAGAUUUAAAUAUUGUUCGUGUAAAAGAACUUCAUGGUAAAGCAGACUUAUCCAAGUAUCGAGAAGCUAGCCAAAAAGUUUUUGAAGUUCUCAGUGAAUUUAGUCCUUGUGUGCAACGAGCUAGUAUUGAUGAAGCCUAUGUAGAUUUAACAUCUGCUGUUAUCAAUUACUUGAAAUCCAAGAAAAACAAAUUGCUUACUGAACUUGAUUUACCAAAUACUUACAUUGAAGGUUAUUCAACUAAUGGUUCUAAUGAAGAUAAAAUCAAGUGUACCAAGUCUUGGCUUAGGGAUGUAUAUAAUAAUGAACUACAAGAUGAUAACAUGCUGCGUUUGACUGUUGGUGCCAUUAUGGUUGAAAAUUUAAGAAUGUCUAUUUUUACUAAAACAGGUUUUCGUUGUUCUGCUGGAAUUGCUAAUAAUAAGAUUUUAGCUAAACUUGCAUGUGGUCUUAAUAAACCUAAUAAACAAACUCUAUUACCCCCUUCUAGUAUUCCACAUCUUUUUAAGUCUGUGCCAUUAAAGAAAGUACGAAAUUUAGGAGGAAAAUUAGGUUAUAAAGUGACUCAACUGUUUCAAUGUGCUUAUAUGUCUGAUUUGGCUGAAAUUUCAUUAAAUGAUUUAAGAAAAAUAUUUGAUGAUAAAACUAGUAACUUUUUAUAUCAAAUAGCAAGAGGUAUUGAUAAUGAGCCAGUAGAAUCUAGACUAAUUCCAAAAUCAAUUGGAAGUUGUAAAUCAUUUCCGUUGGGUUUAAAAGUUAAAGAAGAUGUUACUCAUUGGUUAAGUACUUUAAUUGAUGAUGUUUUCGAAAAAUUAAAUUCUGACUAUAAGGCGAACAAAAGGAAAGCAACAUCUAUGACUGUCAGUGUUAAGUAUCAAAAUAGGGAAGUAAAUUUACCAACAUCACAUUGUGGUGAAGUAAUAUCAUAUUGCCGUGAAAAAUUAAUGACCACAGCUUUUUCUUUGUUAUGUUCUAUGACUGAUAACCAAAAACAAUCAAUUAAUUGGAAAAAUCCUUUGACUUUCAUAGGGCUUGCCGUUGGAAAAUUUAAAGAAUUGAAAGAUGAAAAAUAUUUAAUUAAUAAUUAUUUUAAUAAGGCUACAGUUACUGAUACAAAUAAUUCAAAUCAGACAAAAUCAGCUGAAGUAAAUAUUAGUAUACUUGAAACUUCUAAUAAUUGUAUAAAACAAGCAAAUACACAUACUGUAAAACCUUUAAGAAGUAUACUAAAUGAACAUUAUGUAACCCAUCAACCUUCUUGUUCAAAAAAUUACUUUCCUACUUGUAAUUCAUCUGUUUCAAAUAAUACAAUUAAACAAAGUAAUAUCACUCAAAAUAAGUUAAGUAUAGAAUUUCCUAAACAAAAAUUAAAAAAGGAACAGUUAGAGGAUCAUAAAAUUGAAACUGAUCAAGUUAAUAAACUUGAUGUCAGUAGUUUUUUCUUAAAAAAACUUCAAAGUGUCUCUCCUACUAAAGUAUCUAAUAAUGAUUGUCUAGAACAUAAAUUUGUAGAUGUUAAUAACAAAGACAACAAACUUACUUUAAUUAAUACCACUUAUUCUGAAAAUGAAAUUAUAGUGUCAAACAAAUCCUUAGAUGAUAAACAAUCAUCUGAUAUUGGUUUCUUUUGUAAAAAAAUUGAUAUUGCUUUGCAAACUAAAGAAGAAGUAAAAAAGAGUUUAUUUCAAAUUGAAAGUUCUUCUAUCAUUGAAGAAAGUAAUUUUGGAGAGGACCCAUUAAAAUUAAUAUGUGAUAAAUGCCUGAGAAAAUUAGAUAUUGAUGAGUAUGAUGAACAUAUUGAUCAUCAUGUAGCUGUAGAAUUAAGUAAACAAUUAAAUUCUAUUAAAACUGUAAAAAUAAUUGAGAAUGUAAGCAAAACCAGCUCGUCAGUAUCAAAUUUGCAUAACAGUCGAAAACGUAAACUAGGAAGACCCAAAAGUUUAUCAAUUAAAAAGCCAUGCAAAAAUAGUAUUCCUUCUUAUUUUAAACCUUCAUUAAACUCUUCAUAGUUUCAACAUUUUCUAAUUCAGUAACUCUAUAUUAUUUUACUUAAUAUUCAUAAUGAACAAAAUAUUUAUAGUAAAAUGUAUUACUAAAAAGUAAAAUUAUAAUAUGAAGUAUUUAAUUAUGUUUUAGCCUUAUACUUAGUUUGAUUUUUUAAUGUUGUUUUAACAUGUGAUAAUAUAGUAAUUUAUAAUUGUAUAAAAUAACUUACUUUAUUUAAACCUUUUUGUAAUAUUAUUGUAAUUGUACAUUUAUAACUUAUACAACCAUAUAGAAAAUUUAUAAACUUAUUUUUUAA